UAAAGGCCCACUUACCAUGUCAUCAUGUUCCCCUUUAAUGAGAUUAGGCAUUCAUACUCUUGUUCUCUCUCUGUUCCACUGAGUAUUGUAUCCAUUGUUGUGUAUUUGAAAUGGAGUGCCCAAAAACAGGUUCUAUAUACUGAAGGAAACAGAUGAGAGACAGUAACUGAUUUCCUUCUUUAUAGUUCUUUAGCACUUCAGUAACAUGGAUCAUUCAAUUGUGGCUACACUGCAUGAGCAGUCUUGCACCUUCUUUCUUAAACCAUUUUUCUUGAAUGUUUCCUUGAUCUUCUUUCAUUUAUUAUUAUACAUGUACAUGUACCUUCUUUUCUUAUACAUGUCUAUAUAUAGGAGAGAGAACUUUACUUUUUACUGCAUGAUAUUGACACAUUGUCCAAACAGUGCAGUUUACUUUUUUCUGAGUCACACUUAUCACAAAUAGCAAGUACAUGUACAUCUAUAUUAAUUAAGUUCCAGUGCAUUGAAUGUGUUUUAUUACAAUUAUUUAUAAGUUUCUUCUGGUUUUAAUUUUUGUGGUUGACACUUGGCCUGUGUUUCAAUCACCCAUGAAGGUGACAUCAUACUUCCCUUUCUCUUAUCAAUGGCCAGUGGUGAUGGGACAGCAUGUGGUGAUUAUGACUAUAGUUUGUACCUAUCAACUGGUACCUUGUACUAAGGGAUGUAGUGAGGAGAUUAGGAGAGGAUCACUGGAGAGGCAUCUGACUGAAACCUGUCCUAAACGAAUUGUUAACUGUGAGUAUUGCAAACGAAAAGGAGCUCACAAGCUAAUAAGAAGCAAGAACCAUCUUGAUGAGUGUCCUGACCUCCCAAUCACGUGUGGAGAGUGCAAUCAGGCAAUGCCACGACAUUUACACAAUGAGACCUGUCCUAAAGCUAUGAUAUCAUGUGUUGGAUGUAAUAUUGUAUUGAAGAGGGAAGAUCUGGAGAAACAUAAUGAAGAAUCAAUGAAGGAACAUCUUGAUAUAGCAAUGAAGAAGAUUGAUGCUCUACAGCAUUCACACAAGGUCUUUAUGCUACCUGAUUACACAAAGAAGAAAGAGGAAGGUGAGGAUUGGUGCAGUCCACAUUUCUAUACAUCACCAGGAGGAUACAAGAUGUUGUUACGUGUCCGUCCUAAUGGAGAUGGGUCUUGUAAAGGUACACAUGUCUCUUGCUUUAUUUACCUUAAGGCUGGAGUAUAUGAUGAUAGAUUGGAGUGGCCAUUUCAAGGAGAAGUGACUAUUGAACUAUUGAAUCAACUGGAGGAUAAGAAUCAUUGGGAGGAUACUCUAUUGUUUGAUGAAUCAACUGAUGUUGAUUGUAAGCAAAGAGAUAGUACAGAUGGAUGGGGCAAACCUAACUUUAUAUCACUUUCUGCAUUAGAGUAUGAUGCUACAAAGAAUUUUCAGUAUCUCAAAGAUGAUAGCCUGUACUUCAGAGUCAAUGUAAAGGCUACAUCAAUAAGACAAAGCCAAUUCAAGCCAUGGCUAGUGACAUCAGUUGAUAUUUGAUGAUAACUACUAGUAGACAAUUAUAUUAUGUAAUACUGUUUGUUGUGUUCACAGAAAUAUGUUUUUGCUAUUUAGACCUGUACUUCACAUUAACAAAAACAAGUAUAAUCUAGUUUUAGCUUUAAUUCUUAUUGUCCAUUGUCUUGGUAGUUAUUCAC